CGCUCCGCUCCGCGCCCGCCGGGCUCAGCCCCGCCAUGGGUCGUGCACUGCUGGUCCUCCUCUUGUCUGCAACAGUGUCUCUCCUGGGCGGGCUGAUAUUUGGAUAUGAGUUGGGGAUAAUCUCUGGAGCACUGCUGCAGCUGCAGGCAGAUUUCCAGCUCAGCUGCUUCAAGCAAGAAGUUCUGGUGAGCGCCGUCCUUAUCGGAGCGCUCCUCGCCUCCCUGGCUGGGGGGAUCCUCAUCGACCGCCACGGCCGGAGGAGAGCAAUCCUGGUCAGCAACUUGGUCCUCUUGGUGGGCAGCCUCAUCCUCACUCUGGCGAGGUCAUUCACCGUGCUGGUCAUUGGGCGCAUGACCGUGGGCUUUGCCAUCUCUGUCUCAUCCAUGGCCUGCUGCAUCUACGUCUCAGAGAUGGUGGCUGCUCACCGGCGAGGCCUGCUGGUGUCUCUCUACGAGGCGGGAAUCACCGUGGGCAUCCUGCUGUCCUACGCACUGAAUUACAUCUUUGCGGAUGUGGAUGAGGGGUGGAGGUACAUGUUUGGACUGGCCAUUGCCCCGACGGCCAUGCAGUUCCUCAGCAUCCUCUUUCUCCCAGUGAACCCUGUUAAAUUAAGCUCAUGGGACUCAGACUGCCAGAAGGGCCUCAUCCCAUUGCAGGACACCGAGGACAGAGCAGCAGCCAAGCGGGAGCCCUGUCAGGAGAGGCAUUACUCAUUUCUUGAUCUUUUCAGGACCAGAGACAACAUGAGAAGGCGGACUCUGGUGGGCCUGGGACUGGUGCUCUUCCAGCAGUUCACUGGACAGCCCAAUGUGCUGGGCUAUGCCUCCAAAAUCUUCCACUCGGUGGGGUUCCAGAGCAACUCCUCAGCGAUCCUGGCCUCAGUCGGGCUGGGAGCAAUAAAGGUGGUGGCCACGCUGGUGGCCAUGGCCUUGGCAGACAAGGCAGGCAGGAGAGUGCUGCUCAUGGCUGGCUGUGUGGUGAUGGCCUUCUCCGUCACCACCAUUGGCCUCACCAGCCGCAUGGCUCCGCUGGCCAUGGCCAGGGACUGCAAAGCUGCCGCGGGCCCCAAUGCAUCUCAGAGCCUCAGCCAGCACCCCCUGGCACCUGUGCUCCCCCAGUCUGUGGUGUCACCCGUCCCACCAGUGUCAGGUGCUGUCAAAAGUCAGGCAGGCCCUGGUUUUGCUGCCACAAGGAGCCUUACAAACGUUUUUGCCAGCAUUCAAAGCAAAGAGGUUGUUCCUAAUUCUUUCCUCGCUCAGAAAAGGGACUUGGUGGGUCAGUCCAAGAAAGGAAUGGUGGAAAGCACAGGCCCUCCUCUCGGUCCUGCUCCCUGGGCACAACAUACGGUCUUAAAUUGGAUUACACUGCUGAGCAUGAUGGCUUUUGUGAGUGCCUUCUCAAUUGGAUUUGGGCCAAUGACCUGGCUGGUCCUGAGUGAGAUUUACCCUGCUGGGAUAAGAGGAAGAGCCUUUGCUUUCUGUAACAGCUUUAACUGGGCUGCUAAUUUACUGAUCAGCCUCUCCUUCCUGGACCUUAUUGAUGCCAUUGGGUUCUCUUGGAUGUUUCUUCUCUAUGGGCUGGUGGGAGUGAUGGCUGUUGUAUUCAUUUACCUUUUUGUGCCGGAAACAAAAGGACAAUCCCUGGAGGAGAUAGACCAGCAGUUCUCCAGGAAACGGGUGUGGGAAGGAAAUGUGUUCAAGCAGAGACGAGGAAGAGGAGCGAGCUGCACACACGCACAGUACCAGAGAGUGGAGCACGCCAGCAGCACGUGAAACCAGCGACCUGCCCACAGCAUCGUGUGUGAGGAGUUUCACCAGCAGAGGAGCAGCCUGGGCCAUCAGGACACUUCUUCUUUAGGGCCUUUAAGUGGUGACCUCUGGUCAGUGACAGUUCUCCCUGCAGUGCCUUAGAUCUGGGAACAUGCCACCAGCGUGUCCUUUGGGUCCUUGGAGAAUCACGGU